AUGAUUCUACUUGUCAUGAACGGGAUUCGCAUCCCGAACCUUGAGAACUCCCUAGCGAUGAAGAUAAAAUGCUUCUAUCUCCGACAAGACGAUGAGAAUGACUGGGAAAGGAUACGGCGUGAUAUCCUCGACGUGGAGACUUUCUAUAGCAGAAUGGUCCGAGAGUCGCUGACCAUUACAGAUCAGUGCGCGGAGAAAUUCCAGUUCGGUCUUUACCAUUUGUUGGACAGCACAAGGACUGGAAGCCUCACCCUCAGUCAGUGGCAUUCGCACAUAUCGGCCAGGCAGCUCAAUAGAGACGCCAGACUCAAAUGGUGGAGCCGUGCUGAGAGCAGGCUCUCUCGAUGGUACCGGAGCUGGAGGCACACUGGGUUUGCUGUGGAGUAUGAGGUCAAGGCCCCCACGGAGCUCGCUCUGCUUCGGCAUGCCCUCCACUGCUGGCUUGCAGCCCGGUCCUCACAUGGGGACUUCACCUGGUAUCACAGGUGUUUCCGCCAUGAGGAUGCAAAGCUUUGCUGUAUGUGUGAGCAUAACAAGAGACCAGCUGUCAGACCAUGCAACAGAGCAACAGCUAUUGCUUAUCUUGGGUCUUUGAUCCUCUUGGACUUCAUGGAGCUGCUGGAGCAUGAAGGGCCAUACCUUGGGGCCCAGGAGUGA